AUGGCGGUAGCCGAGCACGAUCCCAAGGAGUACGGGGUCGAAGACCUCGUGCUCCUGUCUACACUCGAUCUGCCAAGCAUCGUUGAAAAUCUGAAACUGAGGCGAGUAAUUAUUCGAUCAUCGAUUUACUCAAUUUUUCGUCUUUUUUUUUUGAUUUUUUCUUUUUUUCGCUUUUCUGCUCUUUUUUGGAAGUUUUUCUUCAUGUAG